AUGAAUAGCCCAGAGGACGAUGCGCGCGAUCUGCCGGAGUUGGCGUGCAUAUGGAAUGGCCCAGAAAUCGGCAUUAACCCAACAACUUCUGAUGGCUCUUGUUCGAAUGUACCAUCUAUCGUUGGGGCUGUGAACUCGAAUGCACCGCUGCAACAACAAUCUUGCUACAACGAUUACUACGGGCACAGUUUACCAAAUGGAGUUCAAACAGCUGAGAACCCGAAUGCACCACUACAACAACAAAAUUACUACUACGGGCACGUUUUACCACAUGCAUUGCAAACAGCUCAUUUCUCUCAGCAGCAAUGGAUGCAAGCACCACCUAUCUUCUACCAAUCUGAAGCCUCAACAUCUUCUGAUGGCUUUUGUUCGAAUGUACCACCUAUUGAGGUUGUGAACCCGAAUGCACCGCUGCAACAACAAUCUUACCACUACAAGCACGGUUUACCAACUGGGUUGCAAACAGCUCAUUUCUCUCAGCAGCAACCGAUCCGAUCAACCGUUGGGGCUGUGAACCCGAAUGCACCGCUGCAACAACAAUCUUGCUACAACGAUUACUACGGGCACAGUUUACCAAAUGGAGUUCAAACAGCUCAUUUCUCUCAGCAGCAACCGAUGCGAUCUAUCGUUGAGGCUGUGAUCCCGGCUACACCGCCGCAACAACAAUCUUACCACUACGGGCACAGUUUACCAAAUCGAUUUCAAACAGAUCAAUCCUCUCAGCGGCAAUGGAUUCAAGCACCACCUAUCAUCUACCAAUCUGAAGACCAAUUCUACCAACAACAUAAUGGAAACUUAAAUUCUGCGGAUCAAGUUGAAGUCGACAACUUCACUGCCGCAGCAGAACGACUAACACUCCCGCAAUUGAAUCAUUUGGCGGAUGCAGUGAAUAAACUCAGAGACGACAAAAUCAAGCGGGAACAAAACAUCUUGUUCAAGACUCAAGUGCCCUCGAAUCUAACGGUUUCGGAGCACGAGGGUGAAUGGAUAAAACCAAGAAUCGAUCCCAAGCCCAAACAUGACGCUAAAGCAAUCGUCGUUAAUCCAACCGCCAUUGGGACCUGUGAAUAUGCCAAGCUUUAUGGAAAAUUUACGCCUGUGUUUGAAGUACAAAAUUCGAUCACCGCCUUUGAGUCUUUGGACACGACAAACAUAGACGCUUUCUACGACACCGAUGAGUUCAAGGCGGUUAUGGAAAAGAUCGAAAACGAUGAGUACAAAGAUGAAUACAUGAAAUACGAAUCCCGGCUGAUGCAAUUCAUCAUCUACAUCUGGGCCUGGAUGCCGCUCUUUUGCAAACUGAAAGAGAUAUUCAUCGAAAAGGGCAAACAGGAAAAUGAGUUUCCGUGCUACCAAUACCGCGGGCUGAACUAUUGGAACGGGAAAUAUUCAGCGAAAGUGAAAGGCCCAAAUAUGAAGCGCGAAGCGGCACGUCGGAAAAUCGAGGAACGAGUUUCACCUGUGGAACAAAAAGGUUUUCGAGGCACUCAAAAUGAGAGUCAUCAACACAGAAGACAGCAAGCAAUCCCGAAAAAGAAAGGGCGACAAAAUAAAGGAACUAGAAAAGAACGCCCGGGUCGUUACAACGCAGGGAGGGGAAAGCACAGCUUCUUCAUGUACAGUCUCACUUCACGCAAGGAAAGCACAGCUUCUUCAUUUCAAGGAGAUGAAGAAUCAAAUGCACCAAAACGAUUAGACAGCGCCGCUUAUAUUCGACCAUGUUACUUUACGAAUUGGGCGCAAUAUCGUAAGGGUAGAGCCAAGUUCCUCACGAGCGACUAUAAACCCGGCCUCUGCACCCACAUCAUCUACGCUUUUGCCUACAUCGAUAAGACCGAUUUUUCGAUCAAAAUCACUGAUCCCACCGAUCUCAAGGGCGAUAAUGGAGGACCCGGUCAAUACGAGCUUGUCAACAAUCUCAAGAAAAUACAACCCGAUUUGAAAACAUUACUUUCAAUCGGUGGCUGGAGCUUUGGAACAAAGAUUUUCAAGGAAAUGUCUGCCAAUCCCUCAAACAGAGCCGCUUUUAUCAACGCAGCACUUCGUUGGGCCCGCUUGUAUAAUUUUGACGGUAUCGAUCUAGAUUGGGAAUAUCCAAAGAAGAAAGAUCCGAAUUAUGUGGCUCUAUUGCAGGAGAUGAGAAUAUCGAUCACCGCCGAGGCUCGCCUUUCACAGAAAACGCCGCUCUUGUUCACGGCAGCUGUGGCGGCUGGAGCUGAUGAAAUGAAAGGAUACGAUAUUCCAAAUAUUGCCAGCUCGCUUGACUUUGUCAACGUGAUUACUUACGAUUUCUGGACGCCUGACGAUGAUGAGGGAAUCACCGGAAUGAACUCUCCACUCUACAAUCGUUCAGAUCUUCAAAAGCCGGAAAGAUUGGGCUGCAAGGGCAUGGAACAAAGACGGAUUUCCCAAAGAGAAAGUUGUGAUCGGAAUUGCUCCAUACGGCCACGGAUGGACUUUAAAGGAUCCAAA